UAACGUUAUCAAUCCUAUUCCGUCAAGCCCAGCAUUUUACCUUUCAACAAAACAUCUUUUAUAAGCGACGCCUUAAACCAUAAGGUACCUACAUCAUCUAGCGAACCCAUUCACAUCUUCCGCGCGAAGUUCAAAAUGGCGCCGGGAAACAUCAACGUCUUAGUUACGACCUUCUCAGGUUUAGGCCUACCUCCUACUCUCUCUCUUCCUAUACAUCCAACCGCGACUCUUUCAGAUCUUCACCAUCGCAUCGAGGAGAGAUUGCCGCAAUUAGAUACGCGACUCAUUUUAACCACCAUAUCAAACAAAUCAAUCCGCUCCAACUCUAGCGAAUUAGUCUCUACUCUUUGCGGCACCGAUGAUGCAUUCCUCUCGCUCCGACUAUCAAUUCCGCUAUGCGGUGGCAAGGGUGGUUUCGGCUCUCAGCUUCGAGCAGCCGGCGGCCGAAUGGCUUCCAAAAAGAAGAAGAACCGCGGCGACGAAAACGGAUCUAGUAGAAACCUCGACGGGCGCCGAAUAAGAACGGUCAACGAGGCCAAGGCGUUGGCCGAAUACCUUGCCAUCAAGCCCGAGAUGGACCAGAAGGAAAAGGAAAAGCGACGCGCGCGCUGGCAGCAGAUCGUCGACGCCGCAGACGAGAGAGAGCACGAGAUUAAGAAUAGCACGAGGGGCCGCUUAGAUGGCAAGUGGGUCGAGGACAAGGAAGAGGCGAGCGAGCGAACGCGCGAAGCAGUACUUGCUGCCAUGAAGGCUGGAAACUACAAGGAUAACUUGCUUGGUACAUCGCAUGGCUCUACCUCCACAGAGAACAUGGACGAAGAUUCAAGUGAGGAAGAAGGAUCUGAGGCAUCGAGCAGCUCGAAAGCCCCAACGCCACCGAAGAAUACCACGUCAAAGAAACCUGUCACGAGGGCGUUUGCCGGGUUUGACGAAGACGACGAGUUCAUGAGCUUGUCAGACGAAGAGGAGGAGAAGAAAUAACGGAAACAAGAGAUUAUUACCAGUGAUACCCCAAAAGAUGAAAUAAUGAAGACCUAUUCCCGGGUCAGCUACCCUAAUAUUUACAUACUUGUGUUUGGUUUCUUGUAUUUCACUGCGCUUGAAGAGUCUGGCCCAGUGAGGCGUACCCAAGGUAGAUGUUACGAUUAACAUUAAUUAUCCCUUACAAGCUAUUACUCCUCUCUGCCAAUGACUCUAUUAGGACCGACUGGAUAUUAUAGUCGACUUUGCACAACGUUCCGAGGUUCGUCGAUGCUCUCAUAUUGGGCUGUGUCUUCCGUGUUUGCAUGCCUGACAUAGGAGGUUACGAAGUAUUAAGCAA